AUGCAUUUCACAACCCCCCUCCUCCUCGCCCUCGCGGCCCUCACAACAGCCACCCCCCUCACCAACCCCGACGCCAGCCCCAUCGCCGUCCCCAUCGCCUCUCCCCAAGAGACCGGCCCGCCCGUCCAAGUUCCCACCUGCGACCAGUGCAAAGACAACUUCGAGCACUGCCUUCGUCAUUGA